AUGGAUGUGGGAGAGGAGGACAGAAUGGAAGUUGAGAUGCAGAGAGAUUCAAGUGUCAAAAAAGUGUCGAAGUUUUAUGGCAGGAGGAAUAGAAGACUUCAAGGCCUAGCUGCUUCCAUCUUAAAAUUGUGGGAAAAGACUAUCAUAGCUAAAAUUGCUGUGAAGUGGGGAGUUCCGAAUACUAACAAUGAGCAAAUGGCAGAUGAGCUCAAGAGUCUCACUGGAGGAGUUCUGCUACUUCGGAAUAAGUUUUUUAUAAUACUAUAUAGAGGCAAAGACUUUCUUCCGGGCCAAGUUGCAAAUGUAAUUGUGGACAGAGAAAUUGCACUCAGAAAAUGCCAAACCAAUGAAGAAGGUGCACGGAUGAAAGCAAUUGAAAAUUUUUAUAUGGCUGGUGAGCCAUUGAACACAAGCAGAAGCGGAAUUUUAUAUGAAUUCCAGGACAUCCAAAUCAAAUUUCAGAAGAUGGCAAAAGUAAAAGCGGAUUCUGAAAUUCAAUUAGAAGCUGAGAAGGAAAAAUUAGAGCGGGAAUUGAGAAAAGAAGCGCACAGGCUUUUCAUUCUUAAAAGUAAGAUAGAGAAGCCAGCGAUGGACUUAUUGAAGUUUAAUUCUGCAUGGGUAACUACCGAGCCGGAUGCAGACCAAGGAAUAAUGACAGAAGAGGAAAUAGAAUGCUUCCGGAAGAUAGGACUGAAGGUACGUGGUGGCUUAGUGCUUGGGAGGCGUGGGGUCUUUGAGGGUGUUAUGGAAGGUUUGCAUCAGCACUGGAAGCACAGAGAAGUGGUGAAGGUGAUCACAAUGCAGAGAGUUUUUGCCCAGGUCAUUCAUACUGCAAAAUUGCUUGAAGCAGAAAGUGAUGGGAUCCUAGUUUCAGUGGACAAGCUAAAAGAAGGUCAUGCUAUAAUUAUUUACUGUGGAAAAAAUUACAAACGCCCUCAAAGGCUUCUCAAAAGUAAUCUUUUAACUAAAAGAGAAGCACUGAAACAGAUCUCUUCUAAUUCAGAGAGUUGGGGUAAGUGGAACUCCUCUUCUUGCUACCAUUUCACUUACGCAGAGCUUCAAGAAUCCAAGGAAAAGUAUCUUAAAAGUGAGAAACUAGGAGCUAAUAGUGCAUCACAUAGUGAUUCAUCAUGGUCCUCCACUCUUACAUGGGAGAGCAAUCAUGUUGGUUCUUUCCAUGAGUGA